UUGUCAAACCGGAAAGUCGAGACAAGUUUUCUACACCCAUUUCCGAUCUCAGAUAGAAACAUUUUUCAAAACCCAUUUGCAGAUUAACGUGACAAGGAUACCUGUGAAGAAAAAGAUGGCAAACGACUUUCUUCUGAAAAAAUGGAGGGCUUUAUUUCGAGGAUGUGACAUCAAUGGCGAUAAUCAUAUUACAAUGGAAGACGCCGAACUAUUCACUUGUAAAAGGAAUGUGGACAGGUUUUCGUCCUAUCACAAAUUCGACGCUGAUAGAACAGCUGCUCUCAAAGAAGAAUACCGUGCACUUUGGGAGAAGAUCUUUCUAAAAGGUCUAGAUCAUGUCACAGAGGAACUAUUUAUGGAACAGAUAACGGAACAAUAUAACGCUGAUCCUGUCAAGUUUAAGGCCGAAACUCACAAGUUCACUUCUGCCAUCACAAGUAUAUUUGAUGUUAAUAGAGAUGGUGAAUUGUCAGAAGAGGAAUUGGCUGUCUGCAUGAAAUCCUGGGGUUUGGACAAGUUUGACGAGAAAUUCGUAAAGGCUUUUCCUCAAAGGAAGCCGGGUUUCAUACACAAUGAUGACUACACAGCAAAUUGGGAUGCGUAUUUUUGUAAUGAUGACGAAAGCGAUAUCUCUAAAGAGAAACCUUCCAUGUACGGUUUCGGUUUAAUUGACCUUUAAGAACUUUUUUGUCAACAUCCUUUCAUAUAUUAUGAACAAUAUUAAUCAGAUAUUGAAAAUAAGCAAACCAAAACUUUUAAAACUUGUUUUAAAACUAAAGGUUAAAGUCAAAGCUUCUGUUUUAAUUAAAACUGUAAAUCUU